AUGGAAUAUGGGGUUGUGGGUUUGAUCUUAGCCAUGUUGGCGUGGAUGGUGUGGCUAAUGGUGUUGGAACGUAGGCAGCUAGGUCAGCUUCCACCUGGACCAAGACCAUGGCCAGUGGUUGGCAACAUUUUCCAACUAGGUUGGUCACCCCACGAGUCCUUUACCAAACUGGCUCGUAAACAUGGUCCUAUCAUGACCCUUUGGUUAGGUUCCAUGUGCACUGUGGUUAUCUCCUCCAGCGAAGUGGCUCGUCACAUGUUCAAAAACAACGACGUGGUUCUUUCUGGAAGGAAGAUUUACGAGUCCAUGAAAGGGAAUCAUGGUCAUGAGGGCUCCCUCAUAACUUCUCAAUACGGCACACACUGGCGCAUGCUGAGGCGCUUGUGCACCACUGAGUUUUUUGUGUCAAGUCGUUUAGAUGCCAUGCGAGGUGUGCGUUCAAAAUGCAUAGAUCGCAUGUUGCACUUGAUAGAAGAAGCUGGUGAAUCUGGUACUUGUGCCGUUGAUGUUGGGAGGUUCUUUUUUUUCAUGUCUUUUAACCUUAUUGGGAACCUCAUAUUCUCAAAGGAUUUAUUAGACCCUGAAAUGGAGAGAGGGACUAGAUUCUAUUGCCAUGCAGUUAAGGUUAUGGAGUAUGCUGGGAAGCCCAAUGUAGCAGAUUUCUUGCCAAUAUUGAAGUGGCUUGACCCUCAAGGUAUAAGGAGGAAGACACAAUUCCACGUUGAGCGAGCCUUUGAGAUAGCUGGAUUCUUCAUCAAAGAAAGGAUGGAAAAUCGUUGCUGUGGAAAGGAGAACAAAGACUUCUUGGAUGUACUCUUGGAGUUUAGUGGGGAUGGUAUCAGCGCACCCUAUACUUUUUCUUCAAGAACCAUUAAUGUCGUUGUCUUUGAAAUGUUCACUGCAGGGACAGACACGACAACAAGCACAAUGGAAUGGGCGAUGGCAGAGCUUCUGCACAAUCCAAGUACGUUAAAGAAAGUGCAGAUGGAGAUAAGGAGCAAAAUAGGCAAAGAUAGGAAUAUGGAAGAAAAGGAUAUAGAGAAUAUUCCAUACCUUAAAGCAGUCAUAAAAGAAACACUGAGACUUCACCCGCCUCUUCCUUUUAUGGUUCCUCACAUGGCAGUGGACUCUUGCAACAUGCUAGGCUACCAUAUUCCCAAAGAAUCACAAAUUAUAGUGAAUGUUUGGGCAAUUGGGAGGGACUCAAAAGUGUGGGAUGCUCCCUUGUUGUUCUGGCCAGAAAGGUUUUUGGAGCCUAACAUGACGGAUUACAAGGGACACCAUUUUGAGUUUAUACCCUUUGGUUCGGGUAGAAGAAUGUGUCCGGCUAUGCCACUUGCCUCUCGUGUGCUUCCUCUGGCACUAGGCUCGCUCUUGCACUCCUUUGAUUGGGUUUUGCCAGAUGGCCUUAAACCAGAGGAGAUGGACAUGACAGAGGGAAUGGGAAUAACGCUAAGAAAAGCUGUUCCUUUGAAAGCCAUACCAGUCCCUUUCAGAGGAACUCAUGUUGUAGAGGAAUAA